UUUGCGUAAACUCCUUCAUGCUGCAUUGUCGUAGCGAUGUGUCUUCUGUGCAGUAGAAAUCCAAGUAAAACCAAAAUGCCAAUUCGAUCUGGAAGCAUAGCCGAACUGGAUCGGCCCGCUCCUCUUCGGGGAUGUUGAUAAUAAAUCGCGAGCUCAGGUCGUCCAGAAUAUCCUCUCGUAUGAAAUGUGGUUGUUGGACCUGUGGGGCCUGUGGAAGGUCCAUGACUGGACAAUAUAAAGCGCGGCAAUGCAGUGACAGGUACACUCACAAAAUCAGCGUCAAGACGGGUGUUGGACGUAAACACGCUGCGAAACUACGGCAAACGAGUUGUGACGCUCUGCAGACGGCGACUGAUCCACUGAUCCUCCAAUCGGGAUUUCUGUUUACAUCUCAAACCACGUGUAUUUCAUUAUAUUGCGGCGAGCUGUCGGCUUUCGAGAUGAAAAGAAAAAACGACGACACAACAGCAUGCACGGUGGAAAGAGUCCUGGCUCAGUUCAAAUCUGAGUCAGGGGAAUUAGCCGGUGCUCCCUUCGACUUGCCCAUUGAUGUAUCAACAGAUAAAUUACAACUGCUCUGCAAUGCCUUCUUACAGAAGGAAGAGAAAGUGCCCUACAUAUUUUUCGUCGACGGCGAAGAAAUCAAGGAGUCUCUGGCAAAGACCCUACUCUCCCGCACGGCCCCUAUUGUUACAGAGACCGCUUUGGAGAUUGUCUACGCACCUCAAGCGCUGUUUAAAGUACAAGCUGUGACACGCUGCACGGCCUCAAUUCCUGGGCAUGCUGAAGCUGUCCUUGUUGCAGCAUUCAGUGCUGAUGGAAGACAUUUAGUAAGUGGCUCUGGUGACACAACGGUUAGGUUCUGGGACACAAACACUCAAACACCGCACCAUACCUGUCAAGGUCACAAGAACUGGGUUCUGUGUGUCGCGUGGUCCCCUAAUACCCAAAAGGUGGCAUCUGGUUGCAAAAAUGGUCAGAUUUGGAUAUGGGACCCUGUCACAGGGAAGCAACUGGGAAGGACAAUGCACGGUCAUAAGGAGUGGAUCACCUGCUUAUGUUGGGAACCACUACACAGCAACGGAGAAUGUCGUUCCUUGGCCAGCAGCGGGAAAGAUGGCACAGUUCGCAUUUGGGACAUACUCUUGGGGCACACGAGGCUGACGCUGUCUGGCCAUUCACGCUCUGUGACUUGUGUCAAAUGGGGUGGCUCGGGAUUGCUCUACACCGCGUCUCAGGAUUGUACUAUUAAAGUUUGGCGUGCCGAUGAUGGGGCCCUUUGUCGAACGCUCCAAUGUCACGGCCACUGGGUCAAUGUCCUGGCACUUAAUACGGACUACGUUAUGCGUACUGGUGCCUUCGACCCUAGAGAGGGUCGUGCUCAAGACACCUUGAGCGCAGACGCAGAACUUCAACAAAGAGCAACAGAACGCUACAGAGCUGCCCGUGGCAAUGAGCCAGAGCGAAUGGUCUCGGGCUCAGACGACUUCACCCUGGCGCUGUGGCUACCAGAAAGCGACAAGAAACCUGCCGCACGCAUGACGGGGCACCAGCAGCUCGUCAACGAUGUUAGAUUUUCUCCGGAUAUGAGGAUAGUAGCCAGCGCUUCUUUUGACAAAUCCAUCAAGUUAUGGGAUGGCCGUCACGGGAAGUUCAUAGCGGCUCUAAGGGGACACGUUCAAGCGGUGUACCAAGUGUCUUGGUCAGCAGACAGUCGCCUGCUUGUGAGUGGAAGUGCAGACUCCACGCUGAAGCUGUGGGAUGUGUCCAGUAAGAAGCUAGCAGUGGACCUUCCGGGUCAUGCAGAUGAGGUGUAUACCGUGGACUGGAGCCCCGAUGGCUCGCAGGUUGUCAGUGGUGGAAAAGACAAAGUCCUGAGGCUGUGGAGGAAGUGAUGUUUGUGGAGUGCUAGCCACAUGGAGGCAAAACUCAGUAGGCAAAAUUAAGCAGUGACUUUUUUACAGUGUUUUAUCUUAAUUCGCAAUAAGGUACAUUCAAUGCAUUGUGUAUAAUAAAUAUAAAGGGCACGGAUGCAAAGGUCCUUGUUCCCAUUUGAGAGGCAAAUAAUUGUGACAGAAAUGAAUACAGGAUUAAAAUGGACCAGGCAGUGUUUUGGCAAACACGAGCACA